CACUUAGAUCUUUCUGGCCCGACCUCCUUUAUACUUGUUUUCACUUUAACAAGGUAAAGCUACCCAAGAAACUUAGGAAGUGUCAGUCAUGGACCUGUUGCAGCUUUACGAGUGGAUCGAUAUCAAGAGUAUUUUGAUAUUUUCGUGUGUAUUUUUAUUGCUGUGUGAUUAUAUAAGAAGUAAAGCGCCGAAGAACUUUCCUCCUGGACCAUGGUCUUUACCGAUUAUAGGAGACCUUCAUCAUAUCGACAGCAGAAGGAUUCAUCUUCAGUUCACAGAGUUUGCAGAAAAAUAUGGCAAGAUUUUCAGCCUUAGAAUUUUUGGACCAAGAAUUGUCGUGUUGGAUGGGUAUAAACUCGUGAAGGAGGUGUAUUUACAACAGGGUGACAACCUUGCUGAUCGACCUAUGUUACCUUUAUUUUAUGAUAUUGUUGGAGACAAAGGUUUAGUUGCUUCCAGUGGGUAUAAAUGGAAGCAACAGAGAAGAUUUGCACUCUCGACUCUUCGUAACUUCGGAUUGGGAAAGAAAAGCCUGGAGCCGUCCAUCAGUCUUGAAUGUACCUUUCUGAAUGAGGCCAUUUCAAAUGAACAAGGUCGACCAUUUGACCCUCGCUUACUGCUGAACAACGCUGUUGCAAAUGUGAUCUGUGUGCUUGUGUUUGGUAAUCGAUUUGAGUACAGUGACAAUGACUUCCAGUCUCUGUUGAAGAACAUUAAUGAAGCUGUGUUUUUGGAAGGAGGCAUCUGUGCUCUACUGUAUAACAUGUUCCCACGGCUCAUGCGGCGAGUCCCUGGACCGCACAAGAAAGUUUUUAGUCUGUGGCGGGAGGUGAUUGACUUUGUUCGAGAGAAGGUGAAUGCACACAGAGUGGAUUAUGAUCCAUCAAAUCCUCGAGACUACAUUGACUGCUUCCUUGGAGAAAUGGAAAAACUUAAAGACGACACCGCUGCUGGGUUUGAUGUGGAGAACUUGUGCAUCUGUACUCUAGAUUUGUUUGGAGCGGGGACUGAGACCACCUCCACCACUGUGUACUGGGGUCUUCUCUACAUGAUAAAAUAUCCUGAGAUACAGGCCAAAGUUCAGGAGGAGAUUGAUCGUGUUGUUGGAGGGUCACGGCAGCCAUCUUUAUCAGACAAGGACAACAUGCCCUACACCAAUGCUGUUAUUCAUGAGAUACAGAGGAUUGGAAAUAUUAUCCCAAUAAAUGUGGUCCGGGCUACUGUGGAAGACACUCAGAUAGGAGAAUACUCUAUUCCAAAGGGCACAAUAGUGACCGGUAAUUUGACAUCAGUGCUGUUUGAUAAGUCCGAGUGGGAGACGCCUCACUCUUUUAACCCGGGUCACUUCCUGGAUGCUGAGGGCAAAUUCAGGAGAAGAGAUGCCUUUUUACCUUUUUCUCUAGGAAAGAGAGUGUGUCUUGGGGAGCAGCUGGCACGGAUGGAGCUGUUCCUCUUUUUCUCCUCUCUGCUGCAGCGCUUCACUUUCUCUUCACCAGCGGGUGUGGAGCCCAGCUUGGAUUACAAACUGGGGGCCACUCACUGUCCCCAGCCAUAUAAAUUAUGUGCAGUGCCACGCUAAAACAAGCAAUACACCAUACUAUACCAAGCUAGUCGAUUUGGUCAGUCACACUUUAAAAAUUCAUUUUAGCUUAUCUAUAGCAAACUUACAAAUUACAUAGAGCAUGAAUUUCUUGUGCAAUGUCUAACAAUAAACACUUUGAAAAUAAUUCACUAUAAACUUGUCAACAGAAUAUCAAAGUAGGCUUUUAUUGAACAAAUUGAGGAGUAAAUUUCUCACCCACUGCUUUAAAACAGAUAUUUGUUGGACCCGCACAAUUGCAAGCACACAAGCAGUUUAUAUUGUAAAAUCUAUGUGUAGGUUUUGUUUUGUAUAAAUCAAGCAACAUUUGGAAGUAAAUCGUCCUCUUCCUGACAUAAAUGUAGAAGACUGAGCCGUUACAACGGAGCAUCCUGCGGAUCUAAAAUGCAUUAAAAUAACUACAUUGUCUGCAUAUUUACUUUUGAGUUGAAAAUAUAAAUUAAAAAAAGUUAAAUCUUUCAGUGGCUAGAGGUGGCCAGGCCCCUCUAUCUCCCUCAUAUGGUACACCCAAUCAAUACACAUAAUUGUUAUACAUUUCAGUGUUGUUGUUUUUUUAGUUGUUAAAAAUUUGUUUAAAAAAAAUAAAUUUAAAGACGAUGUAAUAUGUGCACAUACAAAAACUUUAGGCAGGUGCCAAAUCAAAUAAAACACCUCCCAGGAAGCACACAUACAUCUGCAAGAUGUCUGUGAAAGAUCACUUGAUCUGGAAAGCAUCUGUUGUGUACAAACAUCUGACAGAUGUCUUUAAGAAGUCAGUUUUACAUACCUUCUAAAUUAUAAACAUCUUAAAGACAUCUAAUAGACAUCUAUUUGACAUCUGAUAGGAAACGUCCAAUAGACAAAUUGCAGGUGAGCAAACACUCUAAAAAAUGUGUUUUGCAGAUGUAAAAAUCAAUUUAAUUAAAAUUAACACUUUUAACAGGCCUGUAGCCAGGGGGGGUUCGGGUGGUUCGAACGACCCACCCCUUCCAGCCAAAGGUCCAGAAUUUAUGUACGUUUUUUUUUUUUACUAGAGCAGAUGCAUUUACUCGCGAGCACUAAACAGCGCUGUGAGAUCCAGAGUGAAGCGCUUGAAUUCGAUGAAGAGCACAAUGACAUGGCGAUUUAAACAAAUGAAACGGCGCUGACAAACAGGAGAAACACUGCGCAACGACAGUCAGAAAUCAGAAAUCAUUUAAUAUGGAUUACUUUUACUGUAAUACUGACUGCACUAUGGUAUUGCGGCAGCAUUGUGGGAUAUAUCGAACUGUGUUAUAUUACUGUGUAGACAUGUAUUAAAUCUAAAGGAGUUAUAGAAUAUAAUUACAGUAUUUUGUGAUUAAUAGCGUUUGUGCAUUUAUACUAAGACCACUGUUCUUCAUACAAAUACCUAGAAGCCAUGUAGUUCAUUUUUAUACCAUUGAGGUGAAUAAUUAUUAUUAAUAAUUUCAUCAUAUAACAAUAAGGUUGUUACCAUUUUUUACAGAUGUUAUUGUUUUUGAUAAUGAACAUUAUCUGAGCUGUAAAUCAGGAUAUCAGUUUAAUAUAUUACUAGACAUCUUGCUUGUUCCAUAUUAAUUCUAUUUCUGCAUGUCUUUAAAAAAGUAGCAAAAAGCCUUACAUCUGAUUUAAAAAAAAAAAAACCUGCAUAAAA